AUGGACACGACUUCUUCUAAGAGGCAGACUCCUUCCUCCUCCACCACCGAUGACAGUGCUCCCCCGGCGAAGAAGAUCAAGACCGUCGCCGAAGUCCCGGCCCAAUACAGCGAUGCGGUCCGAAAGAAGCUGGCGGCCACCUCGCGGACCGGCCAGGCCUGCGAUCGGUGUAAAGAGAGAAAGAUGAAAUGUGAUAGUGAUCCCGUGGCAUGUCAACCUUGUCGCCAGAAAGGGCUUCGGUGCUACACGACCGACCGAGUUACAGGCCACGCGCGCGAAAGAGGAGAAUCGGAUCGCACAGAAAACGAGCUGUCGUUCCUGAGAGACCAAUUGGCGGCGUACCAGCAAAGGUACGGCCCCAUACAGCCGGGUGAGCCAAGUGGUGUCGGGCACGCGACGACCUCCAGCGUGUCGAUACCGCAGCCCACGUUGUAUUCGGCCUCGUCCGCAGCAUCGGUGCCAGACGCGAAGUAUGUUGGGUGGCCUGCGCCUGAUCAUUCUGAGCCGCUCCAUUCGGGCCCAGUCAAAGGCACAGUCGUCGACAUCAUGGAUGGGACCAUCGACAUUGCCGACUGGGAGUGUGACAUGAUGAGAGAAUACCCGGGAGAAAUGGUGAACAAAUUCAACCUCUCCAAGACGUCCAUUGUCAACACCAUCUACGGCUACCAACGAGUCGACGAUCCCAAGCUACCACCGAAAGAGGAGGCACUGCGCGACUCGAAUCAUUUCCUGGUCAUCAUGUCACAAUACGUGCCAGUUGUCCAUCGCCCCAGCUUUAUGGAUCUGGUCAAUAGGUUUUACGACCAGCCGGAGACACUGUCCGCGGCUGAGCGCGUCCAGGUGGUUAUCGUUUUUGCAGUCAUCGCACAUCAGACGGCCGUUCGAAACCACCUUCAUUCGGCCGAGAAGUUUGAGGAGUCGCAUCGCUACUUCCACUACGCUCUAGGGUAUUACCGUGAAUUGCUUCAUGACCAGUCAUUGGCGUCCAUGCAGGCAAUGGCCUUGAUCAUCGUUCACUUGCGCAACCUGCCCAAACCAGGAAUAUCAUGGAAGUUCUGCCAUGAGGUCCUCCUUCGGGCAAUAGAACUCGACUACCAUCGAGAUCCAGACAAGACGCAGCUGCCCGACGACGAGACCGAUCCACUGUCGAAAGAGCUGCGCAAGCGAGUCUUCCACUCGAUACUGGGGGUCUGUGUCACGACAGGUUGCCGUGUCGGUCUGCCCGCACCGUGGCAGUUCCAGCACCUCGACUUGCCUCUGCCCAGGGCUAUCAAAGAUUCCGAGAUAUCCAGGCACGGCAUUAACCCAGAUCUGUCGGGGCAAUGCGACUUCUGGCCCUGUCUACAUCUGGCCAAACUCCUGCCGCUUCUGACAGAAUUGCACAACCAUAUUGUCGCGGUGCGCAAGCCUGCUGCCGACUAUCUCCGAACCGUCGAGGGGCUGAACGCAAAGAUAAUAGCCUGGAGACAGGACUGGGAUGAUUCCAUGAGGUCUGAGCCUAACAGGCACGUCAAUCUGGUGGUGGCAACUCUCCUCUUCGAGACGUGGGCCGCUGAAUAUCAAUUAAAUCUGCAUCAUCCUGUAUGUUGCACCAGUGAAGAUCCCGAGGUGAUUGAGAGACAUCUGGACGUGUGUCACAAGUCCGCCAAGCGGCUCCUGCAAAGCUUCCACAUACUGUCGAGCAGGUAUAAAGGCGUGGACUUCACGUGGCAUUCGACAUUGGCAUAUGCUACCGGCUUCGGCAUCACACUCUACGUCUACCGAAGACGGAAAGGUCCCGUGACAAUGGAGCAAUUUGAGGCAAUGAGGAAUGAGCUGAAGGGCUGGACGUCUUUGAUGGCGUAUGCUGACCUGGUACUGAGAACGGGAAAUCACCUCCAACGACAAUUUCAGCCUCGCGUUCAAGCUCUCGAGGACGAAUAUCGGCGACUUAUGGUGGACCAGCCUUCAAAGCCCAAUGGUACUCACAAGCCCAUCAGUCCAAUCAAUGGCUCCAAUACCGGUCUCACCGUCAAUGUCGAGCAGCCGGCCAUGUCAUUUCAAGAGCCCCCCAAUCCCAAUUCUCUCAAGCACAGGAACAGCUUGCCUCAAUCCAUGUUCAUGCAGUCCCAGAUCCUGCCUCCCAACCCGCCACAGUCUCCGUUAACCCAUCAGCAGUCAUGGCCACCAACAUACACCCUUUUACCCCAACCACAAGCACAAGGACAGAUCACUGGUCAAGGAUCGGCUCUCACGUCGCCAAUCUAUCCGAGCUUCUCGCAAGCAGCCACGAGUGGUCUCUCGACCCCUGGAACCUAUCCACCAAUCCCGACAUCUUUAGCGUCCUUGCUCAACGAUUCCGGGAACUUCUACGUGGGCUAUCAGACGCCACCACAGAACCAGAACAGUCUUGGGGGAACCGCCGCAGUUGGUGGAGGCGGCGAUCCCUCAAUGGCAUUCUCUCCCAGUCACUACUUCGACGGUCCGGGGCCACUGACAUGGCCUUUGAUCAGUAUGCCACCUGGCCAACAAUCAUGA